GACAGCGGCAGGCGGACCGCACAUUUCAGCCAGCAGAGGAACUUGAACGGAGCGCUUUUUAUUCACAAAAACAUAUCCAUCCGCAGAGCAGCUGGACCCCUUCUCAGGUUUAUUUACUUAACGAAGUUUCCUUCCUCCUCCGUACUCUUCUUGGACCUACUUUUGUGAAUAAACGCGCUUUUCUUAACCGGGUAUGAAGCUGUAGAUCCACCUCGUCUUCGGAGCGCCGACAAGCGGGGCUCCUCUUUCUCUACGCCCCCUCUUCCGUCCACCUUCUCCUGCUGGAGCUGGAGAGAUGCCCGGGGCAGGAUGUGCUCCAGCCGCAAGAUCCUGUGGAGCCUGCUCCUGCUGUCAGUGGUGGAGGUGGGCCUGGGUGUGGCAAGCAUCGUGCUGGGAGCAGUGGGAAUCAGCUGGGUCCGGGGCCACUAUAAGCCGCAGCAAGGGGACGCGUCGCCGGUGUGGAGCGGACUCUGUGUACGUCCAGGGGAUAACUUUUUUUUUCACUUUUUCAUAAUCAAUUCCAAGGACGACUGCUUAUUUCCUUUUGUUGUGGCAUGCUGUCAGGAUACUUGAAUAUGUUUUAUAGAUAAAUAUAUUAAGGAAAAAGCAUGAAAUAAGAUCGUUUCAGUGGGAUUUAGGCUGCAGGGUAGCUAAAUACUCUUUAAAUUAAAAAUUAAUCAAGUUUUGAGAUUAUAUUCUCAAAAACAAACCUUUCAAUUUGGCAAGUAAUCAUCAAAGAAAAAAUAAAGUUCAGAGUUGAAAUCAAUAAAAGCUCUCAGCAGCUUGUAAAGUCCAGAGAUGUUCAUUAUGUUUCUCUAUAAUGUCAUUAUCUAGAGAAAUAAACAGCCUCUUCCAUUAGUGAGUCCAGUAACAUUGGUUUUUAUUUACAUGCACAGAGUGUUUCCCAGUGCUGAGGAGGGUCAAAGCUUUUACGCACAAUCAUCCCCCCUCCUGUUUCACUUCUCUCACCCUCUCACUGUCUUGAUUUUUCCGCUGAGCAAUGCAAAGUUAGGUUUCUGUCAUUCUUGGUAGCUAUAUAUAAAUACAGCCUUGAAUCACCCCCUUUACUAUAGCUGCUGCUGCUGGAGCAGGGGGAGCUGCCUGUUAUUGCAAUGAAUUAGUGGAAGUGCCCAGAGCUCAGCAAUUACAUGAGUCAUGAUAAUAUAUCUGCAUUCAAUGUUUUGCAGCGCACUAAGUUUGAAAUAACUUGUCAAGUUUGUGCAUAUAAUUUUAGAAGUACAUUAGAUAGAAUUGAAGAAGAAAACAAAGACUUGAGUGACAUAGAUGUCUUAUAUUUUAGUGGGUUUGACUGGGUGCAAAUCUCUGCUAAGCUGCACUGGGAUGUGGCACUUGUGUGUUUAACCUCACAGUCGUGUAAAGCCGUCUGCUGAGUCAGCCACUCAUGUCCUGUGAUUACCAAAAGGUGUGGAUCUCCUGAUGGGACCUGAGACUGGCUGAUAGCAGUAUAGGCUGACUGGAUGACUAACCUUUGAUUAAAGGUGCAGUCAAGCUGAUGUCAGCAAACAUUGAGAGGUAAAAAAAAACAAAAAACAGUGUCUUCAAGCGUGGCAUCACUUCGUUCAGUUAUUAAAGGUUUGAUAUUGUGAUCCAGCACUGUCUAAAGCUCUGUGAGGAGAUUUUUGACAUUCAUGAAAUAGACUGAAAUUCAUACUUAGGCCUUUUUAUGAUAUGCAAAAACAAACAAGACCAUCAGUGUCAAGUGUGAUUAUUUUAUACUGCAAUUUUAAUGCCUAAAACCAGUGUGAGGGGGUAGGUGUCAGCCAGCAGCUCAAGAAACAGCCUGUUUUUUAUUUAUUUAUUUAUUUUACUUAAAAUAUGUCCAAUAAAUAGGUCAUUGAACUGCCUAAAAGCAUUAGGAUGAGUUUUUUUUUUUUUUGUCCACAGGAGGCAUCAAAGUUGACUUAAACAGGAGCUUUAAUUUAAUCUACAAAUGCAGCAGUUAUAAAUUCCAGGAGUUUAACUUCCUUUUAAUUUGAAAAUCUUAAUGUAAUGAUACAUUUAAAGAGAACAUAGGACCCCAGAGUCCUUUAACUUUGCCUUAAACUUCACCAUUGGAUCAACGCCAAAGAUGAAUAAAUGAAUAAAAAUACAACUGAAAGAUCAGGGUGGACUCUGCUAAAAAUCCCUGGAGCUUCUAUUAUGAUAAUUAAGGUAAACAAACCUCUCUUUGACUGACCAGCAAGAAAGAGUUUUUUCUUACAUAUUGUAUAAUAAAUAAACGUAUAACUGUGUGAAAGAGCUUAAAAGAUUAUGUAUGACAUAGAGAAAUCAAACAGUCUCCUUAUGAAAAGGAAUAAAAAUAUACACAGAUGCAGACACACAGUGAUGGAUGUAUCUAAAGUUUUCAGCAGAGGACUCAGCUCACAGCUCAUUGUCUUGCUCCAUUGUGCCGUGAGUGUAAUCUACCAACACAACACACCGCCCUGCUGCUCCCACUCAGUCUGAAUCAGUGACAUCCAGGACAACAUGGCCUCCUGCUGCAAGCCCACGAUGACGCUCUAUUUUUAGAGGGAGAAAAUUGCAUCUGAACUAACUGAGUGUAAAGAAUCCAUUCACCCUUCCUGUUGUGAUCACUGGGGGGAAGUGAUAAAAAUAACAAGCAUUUCAUCCAGUUUUCAGACCUUUAUUUUCUUUAAAACACAGCAAGAAAGUUUGAAAGUGUUAACGCAUUUGCUCUCUUUUCAGUUCCUGGUCUGUGGGAUGUGCGGAGUGCUGUGUGCUCGAAAGAGGACGGGGCUUAUUGUAAGUACUUUUUUGUCUGAUUUUUUUAUUUUUUAUUUCCUAUCUUUUUGGACCCUGUAGCUGCUUUUGUGCCUUUAUGAAAAAAACCCUUUCUUCUUUUUGGCUCAUGUUUCUUUACACACAUUCCUGCUGGUAAUUGCUCAUUUGCUGUACACGUGCCGCUGGUUUCCUGCUUUUCGUCCUUAUUACUUAAAAUUACACAGCUGUGUUUUAAACUUGAUUCUGGUUGGUUAUCGCUCCUAGUUGUAGUUGAAUUUAAGAACAAAAAGUCAAAAUAAUGAGAUAAAAAGUUGUAAUGAUUUGAAAAAAAAAUUUAAAAUUAUGGAUGGUAAUAAUUAUCAUGGGGAAAAACAACGAUGAGGUUGAAGGUUAAAUUUAUUAAAUAGAAAAUAAUAACUAGAAGGUCCUAAGUCAUAGUCAUGACAUCGUGGUGAAAGUAUGAGAAACUUGAAAUUUGUGAUCCAAGGUCAAAAUAAUGAAGUAAAAAAGUCAUAAUCAUGAGACUUGGAGUCAAAUUUGAGAUAUUUUAAGUCAAAAUUUUGAGAUCCUUGGUCAAAAUCUUGAGAAGAAAAGUCAAAGUUAUGAGGUGAUGAGUCAAACUUAUGAGAUGAAGAACUAAAAUUGUGACAUCUCAGCUCAGAUAUAUAAGAAAUUUUAAAUUCAGAGAUCCUUGGUCAUAACCCUGAGGUCUCAAUUCAUAAUUUUUUAAGAUAAAAGUUAUAAAAAAUCAAUACAAUGAGACAAAAAGUCAAAGCUAUAAGAUCCUGAGUCAAAAUUAGAUAAAAAAUCAAAAUUGAAUGAAAGUCAAAGUAAUGAGAUGAAAAGCCUGAAUUAUGAGUCUGUCAAAAACAAUUCCAUAAUAAUGAGAUUAAGACUAAAAUAUUUACCCUAUUAUCUGAAAAGUAUGACUUUCAUUCCAUAAUUUGACUCUGUCUAUCAGAAUUUCAACUCACUUUCUCAUAUCCUCUCAUGUCUCAUUAUUAUCACUAACUUUCUCAUAAUUUGACCUUUAUUUGAUAUUUUUGACUAUUUAUUUCAUACUUAAAUAACUUUUCAUUUUACAUUUCAGAUGAAACUUAUAAUUUGACUCAAUGUUUAGGAUCAAACUUUUACGAAGGAUACAUAUCUCAUUUAUAAUAUCUAAUAAUAGUAUAUCAAAUAAUGAUGACUCAGAAAAACUUCAUCAGGUGCUGACUCAUGCAGUCUUGUUAACUUUUAUUAUCUUAAUUUCCUAUCAUCACUGGAAAUAUUAAACUCAUGAGCUAGUUUUGCUCAUUUUAAGAAGACCAUAGGACAGACUGAUACUGCUGCUGUGGACUCUUGGCUCUAAUCUGCUGCACUUUCCUGCUCACUACAGGAUAUUAUCUCUUAUACAUUACACAUUAUUGUUGCUGGUGGUCUUUUUAUUCUUCUGGAGGUCACACAAAGACAUGAAUAUUAAUUUCAGUUUGUUUCAUAACCAGCUAAAAACUCAUUACAGCAGCUCUAUGCUAAGUUAGCUCGCUGGUGGUAGUAGCUUUGAUUACAUCUUCCAACCCCAGGCAUCAAUAUUUCCCAAAAUGUAGACGGUAUGAUUUUACAAACAUUACCCCUCUCACAAGUGACGACUGGGCUCGGAAAUGAUCCUGUUCUUUGAGCCUUCUGCGGUCUUUGCCUUACUUUUGUUUGACGUUAUCAGUUGUUGCUUUUGAUCAUGAAGAUUCUCAUAAUUUGUGAGUUGUUUUUCACUGUAGUGAUGUUAGCUCCUCUAAAAUCCAAGAGAAGUAAACAUCAACUAAUACUGACAGCAUACAUGUCUGCACAAUCACGCCUUGAAGUUUACAAGCAAAGACAUGUGAUUGACAUGUGUGCAGUGGAGGUACAGACAGUCUGGUCUGAAAAAAACGACAUCUGAGAAAACCAAAGGAGACAAGCAGUCACGUCUCCUCUCCUCUCCUCUUUUCUCUCAGCCCCUCUUUGCGUCCAAGUCCUCGUGUUUCUCUCCGACUCUCUCUGUCUCCUGCAGGGAGGGCACUAAUGACGGAUCAAUGUCAGCGCAAUCUGCUGUAACGGAGACAUCCCUCAACCUUCCUCUCUCUCUGUCUCACCCUGUUUAUCCUCACCUUUUGUCCCUUCUCCAUCAGUCUCAUGUAUCUACCUUUCAUCACUCUUCCUUUCCUGCUAAAUCUCAUCCUCACAGUUGUCUCUAAGCUCUGAUUCGCUCCAUCUUUCUCCCCUUGUGUGCUCCUAUGUACUCCCUCCUUGUCAGCCUAUGGGGUGAUGAUUGCAUUAGGUCGGUUUGGCCCCGGACUCCUGCCAGCUGCUUUCCACACUUCGCCGGGGUAAUGACUGAAAUUGGAGACGCCUUUUUUCCAUGUGGUUGCAGGGCACUAAAGACAUCUGCACUGGAAGCAAUGAAAGAGAAUCCAAACUAUAAACACAAUACACUCAAACACCUGCACACCCAACAAACAGAGAGUAGAUGUGAAGUGACUGAGAGGUAACAAAGCUGCAAUAGUUUUAUUCCUGCACUGGAUUUACACUAAAGGUUAAAAUCUUAUAGAUCCAGCAAGUGAGUGAUGCAGGAAAAUUUACGGGUCCUAUAUUUCCACAAGAGACAGUGCACUCCGAGGGCAAUCAAAUUUUCUAAUAGGAAAUCAGAUUUAUUUUGACUGAUAAGCGUUACUCAUCACAGCCACUGUCGCCCAAACAGCCAGAUAAUGGAGACGGAAGCUCAAUAGCAGUCUGUUUAUCUCCCGUCUCAUUACAUUUUGUCGGUUUGUUUACAGUUUUGUUGAUGGGAUAUCAAUUCUGCAGUUUUCAUUAACAUAAACCAUUCUUUGUGUCCCUCAGAUGAUUCUAUUUUCAGCCUGCUGUAUCUGCGGUCUCAUCGGCGGGAUCCUCAACUUCCAGUUUGUUCGGGCGCUGAACAAACGUCCAGAGUCCAUGCACUCCAUACAUCUGGCAGCCAUGACACUAGCAUGUCUAGGUAAAGUACAAUGACACCAUAAAACACUUAGUGAUGCCAGGUUUUUUAAAUGAUAUAAUCGUGCAAAUAUAACGAAGGAAGGAUUUUGAACAUAUGAUACUGAAUGCAGUGGCGUAACAUCACGGUGAUAGGCCCCGGUGCGAGUAUUUUUUUUUGUGUGCCCCCACCCCUGUACUAAACAAAAGCGUACACCAUACACACAGCCACUAUAGAGAACUGCUAUUGUUGCCAUGUAGGCUUACAACCUGAACACACUGCACUUUUUCUUUCAUUUUAUUUAUUUUUGCCACUGGCUUCCCUGUUUGUGUCAUUUUGAGGAGCAGGAAGGCUAAAUAUCUCUGCUGCUCUACUCUGCUCAUGCUGCUUUCUCUCCCUGUGCCACCGAGAAAAACUUCACUUCCCUGCCUGCCACUUAUUUCUGUAACUUUGAUGCACGUUGUGUUUUCACCAGUUUCAAUCUUAUUUGUAUCACAAUCGAUAAGCAAAUGUUUAUUAUGGCAGCUAAAAGAAAUGCACAACAGUAAACCACAUUAAGUUCUCAAGUCAGCUGCCAAUCUGCAGGGGGAUGACGCGUGUCAUAAACUGGAGGACAAAAAUGUACACAGACAAGAAAGCAGAUGGCAAAAAGAAAAGAAAGAGGCAGAGCAGGUCGCGGCACAUUGUCAUAAAGGAAAUACAUCCACCAGCGAUCAGCACCAGGGAGAGCUCCCCCGCUGCUGAUUUUUAAUUUUUUUUUCCUCCCACCUUCGUGAGCGCCAGAAGGCUUCUGGCCCAAGUGCAGUUGCACCGGUUGCACCACCAAUAUUUACGCCUGUGACUGAAUGGCUGUCAUUAGACUGUCAUAUGUCAGUCUGGGGUACUUAGAGAACCAAAAACCUCCUUUUUUACUGAAACCCUGAGCUUGUGGGUGCUAUUUUUUUACACAGCUUUGUUUAUCACAAAAGGGGCAAAAAAGUUAUGCCUUCACAGAAAAUUUGUAAGGCUAAUAGUUUGCACCUACUUGGCUCCCAUUCAGCUGCUUUAGGAUUGUCAGAGCUUCCAUGUGGGCUCUUCUUUCAGCAUUGUCCUUAGAAGAUGGCGCAACCUGAAUCAGGUUUAGGCUGUGUCUGUAUACAAACUGUUAAAGACGAGUCAAUAAAGACACAUUUGGGGAUGUUCUUAAAAGUUAUAAAACUUUUCCAACUGGUGUUUUGGAUAGACCCCACUGCAGUAAUGGCAGCUUGUUAACUUCCAGUGCUUUGUCUGAUUGAUCUGCACUGCUACUUAACCCACCUUGCUCCCAGUGUGUGUGUCCUCCACUGGUGUAUGACUGUGAGUGUCGUGUGGUGGUGGUCGGAGAGGCCGUAGGCGCAGAAUGGCAGCCACGUCUCCACCACCACCAAAGUGUGACUGUGUGAGCGAAUGAAUGAUGUAUCCAAUGUAAAGCGCUUUGAGGGUCUCUGAUAAAGCGCUAUAUGAAAUCUGAUGCAUUAUUAUUAUUAUUAUUAUUAUGCCUACUGUUCCUGCACUUUAUUUACUGAUGAGCUUGAACCUUGUUUUUCUCUUAUUGUCUGUACUCUGUCUUUUAAUCAUGUAUUAUUUUUAAGAUGUGUGCUGCUGACCUUGUGGCCAGGUCCUCCUUGUAGAAGAGAUCUUGAUCUCAAUGGGUUAUUACCCAUAAGGUCAUAUAAAGGUCAAAUUUUAAGAGUAAAACUCAUCACAACUGUUGCAUCUCAGCCUCUAUAACUGGGAGGCACCAAUGUCAAAUAUUUCUCUGUAAAUCAAAUGUCACAGCACCAGAAAAGCUUAGUGUAUCAGGCAAACUUGACUUUGGCGCCCCUUGUGGAGAAAGUCCGAACCCUCAUAAUAUUGUUGAUUUUGUUUCACCCUUUAAAAUUGUUGUAAAAAUAGAGAAGUAACAUGAGGUUUUUGGCAUAGGGGGGAUAUGUAUGUGAGGAGCCAGGGAAUGGUGCUUGAAAAGAGACUUUUUGACAGCAGGGAAUGGUGAGAUAUUUCUAAACAGAUCGUACAUUUAGGCUGGAUUAUUGUUUUAGUUUUGAGCUCAAAAUAUGCCAAAUUAUGUAGUCGAGUUGAAGCUAUCUGCAGCAGUUGGCAGCUUGGCUUUUGUCCUGGUGCUUCAGCUGGUUUCUAAAUUAAGUUUUUUUUUUCUCUCUCUUCUGUCCAGGGAUCUCCUCUUGUACUUUAUCCACAUGGCUCACCUGUCGACUGGCCAGCUCGGAGCAGCAGAGGAUGUUUUUGGAGAGGGAGCACUCACUGCACCACUCACACGAGAUGACUGAGAAGGUAGGACAGCAAUAUGAAGCUGGACUCUCUGUAUACAAGAUGCUUUAUUGUGCAUGGCCUCAGUUUCCUCUAUCAAUGAAAAACUUUCCUACUGGGCAUCAAAAAUACUUUGACAGCUUGAUUUUCACUAUACCCACAUUUCCAGCCAUUAUCUGGGCUGUUGCAGCACAAUGAUUCCUGCCCUUUCUGUCCAUCAAUAUAAUAAUAAUCGUGUUUUUCUCUGUGUCUGAAUAGGAGAUCCUGGACAACUCCAGUAAUGGCAUUCCUCAGAUCUCUUAUAACGGACACAUAGCAGCAUCACCGUGAAGUUGUGCCCACAGUGGCAGCCUGCACAAACUGAAACAGAGACAUGAAUCAGGCGACAAAUGAAGCAUGCACUUCUUUCUUUCUAUCCUGCAGCCUACACUGUAACUAUAUCCUGACUGCAGGGACUAAUCGGAGCUGAACCAGACCGCUCUCUUUUUAUCACCGGAGUGUAAGAGGGACACGUUGACAACAAGAAGAAGACGUUCUGAAUCAUUAUGCAAACACAAAUUCAGGAUGGCCACUAAUUUUGGUGACUAUUCAGGUGAUAGACAUCUGCAGGACAUCAUCUGACCUUUACGUGAUGAGCUGAAAGGAUUGACUGUAUCCAAUGAGAGGCCUCAAAGGGAUGAGCACAAACGGAGCAUGCAGCUGAUUCAUUUGUUAUGAUGAGCUAUUUCAGUCUCAGCGUCCUUACUCUCUCUCUGUUUGUUAUGGAAUGCAGAUCUUGAGACAGCUUACAGUAAAGCAUAUGUAUCAUCUGAUAAUGGAAUGCUUUGACAUGGCAAUACAGCAAUGCGCAAUGUACUGUACUGUAUAUCCGUGCUUGUAUAUCACUUGAACCUGUAAAUCAACAUAUUUUUAUAAAUGCUUCUUACAAAAUGGAGACCAAUAAAAGUAUGUAAGUACUGCA